ACAUUGGCGGGCGAGCAAGAGAUGAGUAACGCUGCCGGCGGCAGCAGCCGCAAGAGCAGCGUUGUCAGUGGCUUUCACGGGGAGCGCGCAGGAGGGGCAAGUUCAGACACAGUCGGCUCUCUUCUGGCCGCCAUUGGGACAUGUCUGACAGAUGCGCUGCGACUAUUCAUGUUUGCCGACAAGCGUCACUGGGGACCCGACGAGUUCGAACAAACGCGCGCGUUGGAGGACGCACUCGACGAGGCAAAGAAGGACUUUCAGGAAAUGGGACAGCUGGUGCGCGGCCAGUUCUACUACGAGAACGACAGGAUACCCGAAUCCCUCAACGAACUCCGCCUCCUCCUCGCCCAGUUCCAAGAACACUACGAAAACCUCAAAUCCUGGGCCCGUCAAGGCGGCCCGAUAAACCCCAUCUGGGCGCGCGACACCUCCUCCCUCCGAAAAGACCUCCACCGCGCCCAAUGCCGCGCCGCCCGACGAAUCUCCCUGAUAGCAGAACAGCCCACCCCCCGCUGCCUCGGCGCAACACAAGUAUACCGUCUCCAGAAACGAAACGAAGCAGAAAGGUUACGCCUCCAAAAGCAGAGAGAAGCCCUGCCGCCCUGGCAGCAGCAGCAGCAACAAUCCCAUCAUCACCAACGCCCAGAUCACAACAUCCAAUCCCCCACCUCCCCGGACAGUACCAUGCCCCAAAUCACCACCAAACACCACCCCCUCCGCCGCCCCCCCUCCCUCGAAUCCCUCGUCCCAAAAUGCAACCAAAUCGGCCGGUUCCAACGCCUCAACAGCGGCAACCCCUCCGAGUCCCCCUUCAACGACGCAGCCUUCAUCUGCGACUUUUGCAACGGCUACCUCGUCUGGCCCUACCUCCGCACCAUGCCCUCUGUCACGAACCACAUGCCCCCCGAGCCGGGGGAGUGGCAGGCGGGGAUUGUAUGUCCCUACUGUGAAGAGGACACUUAUUUGGACGAGGGGGAGGACUCGGGGGAGAUGAAGUAUGUGAUGGACGACAAGGGGUUUGGGAGCGUGGAGGAGUUUAGGGAGCAUUUGGAGUGGUAUCAUACUGCGAUGGCGGUGCCGAAGCUGGAGGAUGUGGUGCCCGAGGUGGUGAGGGGGAGUUGUGGGGUUAUGUAA